CUGAGGGGCGGCGGUGGGCAGCCAUGGGCAAGCGGGUGGCCCUGGUUCUCGCCGGCUGCGGCGUCUUCGAUGGCAGCGAGAUUCAUGAGGCCUCGGCGGCGCUGGUGCACCUCAGCCGCGGCGGCGCGGAGGUGAAGAUAUUUGCCCCUAAUAUUGAGCAAAGGGAUGUAGUCAAUCACUUAAAAGGAAGUCCAACAGAAGAGAAAAGAAAUGUGUUAGUCGAAAGUGCCAGAUUGGCAAGAGGAAACAUUCAGGAUUUGGCUGAACUGAAAGCUAGUGAAUUCGAUGCAGUCAUUUUCCCUGGUGGUUUUGGUGUAGCAAAGAACCUGUGUUCCUGGGCUGUAGAUGGCAAGAACUGUACUGUCAAUGAGCAUGUGAGCUCCACGCUUCAAGCUUUCCACAGUGCUAAAAAGCCCAUUGGUUUGUGCUGUAUAUCGCCAGUCCUGGCAGCUAAAGUCUUUCCUGGUUGUGAGGUCACGGUCGGCCAAGAUAAAAACGUAGAUGGAAGAUUUCCUGAUGCUGAAACGGCAUCUGCUAUAGCAGAGCUUGGAUGUAAGCACAUUUGCAAAAAUGUAAACGAAUCCCAUGUGGAUAAAGCCAAUAAAAUCAUUACUACCUGUGCUUUCAUGUGCAAGGCUCCUCUGCAUGAAAUCUUUGAUGGAAUUGGAACAAUGGUGCAAGAAGUCCUGAAACUUGCCUGACUGGAUGCGUACAGACUUCUUCAAGGGAAUCAAUUUAGCUAAGCAUAAGCGUUUAGCUUCCUUUCAUUGUAUUAAUAAAAUAAUGUGACUAUGAAACUUCA